GAGUGGCGAAGGAUGACGUUUUGGAUAUGGCGGCCGCAAUCGGCCUGCGCGGGUACGUGUCAGGUGCCGGAUAACCUCUGUCCAGGCCCAGGGAGAGGAGCAGUUGUCUUACUAGUAUUCCUACUCGUGAGGCAGCGCAGCCGGCCCUCAGGGAGAACAACCGUCGCGACCAUGGCUUAUCACUCGGGCUAUGGAGCCCACGGUUCCAAGCACAGGGCCCGAGCAGCUCCAGAUCCCCCUCCUCUCUUCGAUGACACGAGUGGUGGUUAUUCCAGCCAGCCUGGGGGAUACCCAGCCCCAGGAACUGAUGUGGCCUUCAGUGUCAACCACUUGCUUGGCGACCCAAUGGCCAAUGCUGCUAUGGCCUAUGGCAGCUCCAUUGCAUCCCAUGGAAAGGACAUGGUGAACAAGGAGCUGCACCGCUUUGUGUCUGUGAACAAACUCAAGUACUUUUUCGCUGUGGACACAGCCUAUGUGGCCAAGAAGCUAGGGCUCCUGGUCUUCCCCUACACACACCAGAACUGGGAAGUACAAUACAGUCGUGAUGCGCCUCUGCCCCCACGGCAAGACCUCAACGCCCCUGACCUCUAUAUCCCCACAAUGGCCUUCAUCACCUAUGUGCUGCUCGCUGGGAUGGCACUGGGCAUUCAGAAAAGGUUCUCUCCAGAGGUGCUGGGCCUGUGUGCAAGCACAGCACUGGUGUGGAUGGUGAUAGAGGUGCUGGCUCUGCUCCUGGGCCUCUACCUAGCUACGCUGCGCAGUGAGCUAAGCACUUUCCACCUGCUGGCCUACAGUGGCUACAAAUAUGUGGGGAUGAUCCUCAGCGUGCUCACAGGCCUGCUGUUUGGCAGUGAUGGCUACUAUGUGGCCCUGGGCUGGACUUCUUCUGCACUUAUGUACUUCAUUGUGCGUUCUUUGCGGACAGCAGCCCUGAGCCCUGACAGCAUGGGUGGUCCUGGCUCCCAGCAGCGUGUCCAGCUCUACCUGACUCUGGGAGCUGCAGCCUUUCAGCCACUCAUCAUAUACUGGCUUACCUUCCACCUGGUCCGGUGAUACCCUGGCCCCAGUGGCACUGGUUUUUCCUUACAUUGAAGAUUUGAUUUCCUUUA